CGGUGUGCGCCGUCACUGCCGCCUUCUCGGCGGGCGAUUCCAAGGCGCUGUCGGGCUCUCUGCCGGCCGGUCGGCGGGCGGGCGGCCGGGACGCGAUGGCGCUGUGCCCGGAGCUGGAGCGCUCGCUGUCGCUGCUGCAGCCGGGCGCCGACCGGGCCCAGCAGCAGCAGGAGCGGCGGGCGGACGCGGCCCCCACGCCCAUGGUGUUCAUGUGCGCCGGCUGCGGGCGCCCCCGUGGGCGACACCCGCACCUGGGGUUCAGUGUCGAGGACAGCGGUCCCAUCCUGCUGCGCAGUGAGUACCAGCGCUGCCACCCCCGUGCCGCCGCGGUCGCUGCCGCCGUGCCUCCUGCCCUGCCUCCCGCCGCAGCUGCGGCCGCCAGCGUCGCCGCGGACCCGGGGCGGAAGGGCUCCGAGCUCCCCGGAGAGUGCGGAUGCAUGGUAGAAACCCUACUCUGCUCUGGCUGCUCCAGGACCCUUGGCAGCAGAUACAUGCACGCCUCAAGGCAUCUCGACUGCAAGAGGGAUUUGUUCUGUGUCCGUACUGACUCUGUUGAAAGCUCUAGGCCAGGAACCCUGGAAAAGCAAUCUCUCAUUCACGAGGAGCCGCUUACUCUUGAAAGCCCAGCUGUCUUGCAAGAGGUGCCGCACAGGGUGAGAUUUAACCUUACAUCAUUCUUUGUUGAAAUCACCUCUGAGAAAUCUUAAUAUGCUUCAAUGGUUUCUGCAGAACAGCUUAUUCCACCCAGAGCAAUUCAGUGCAUUGUAACAUGUACUGGACUGCUUCCUGUAAUUGCUGUCUUGUGCUCUGCAAGACUUUUAGCCACUUUUCCUUCAGUUUUCUUGGUAGUUAGCAUUUUCUGUUUAUCAAGCACAGCAUUAGGUUCCUAUUUCUGUCUCAGAAAUUUGAUAUGAUGUUUCUAGUUAGUUCCGAUUCACUUCUCUAGAUCUUCAUUUAACUUUUAGCCAUG